AUGUGGUGGUGGAACCAGACCUCUCUGGAAGACUUCAUCCUUCAAGGGCUCUUUGAUAACUCCUUCAGCCACUUUUGUCUUUUCCUCUUGAUCAUGCUGGUCUUUCUUACUGCACUGAGUGGCAACGGCCUCACCAUCCUCCUGAUUUGCUCUGACCCUCAUCUUCACACACCAAUGUACUUCCUGCUCAGACAGCUGUCCCUCAUGGAUCUGAUGCACAUCUCUACAACCAUCCCCAAGAUGGCUAGCAACUACCUGUCUGGCAAGAAGUCCAUCUCAUUUGUUGGUUGUGCCACCCAGCACUUCCUGUAUCUGUCUCUGGGUGGUGCAGAGUCUCUCCUCCUAGCCCUCAUGUCCUAUGACCGCUAUGUUGCCAUCUGCCACCCUUUACGCUACACUGUGCUCAUGAGCAGAAGAGUGGGUGUGAUGAUGGCUGUCAUGUCAUGGUUGAGUGCAUCUGUGAACUCCUUAAUUCACACAGCCAUCUUGAUGAGCUUUCCUUUCUGCGGGUUGAGAAUCAUCCACCACUUCUACUGUGAAUUUCCAGCGGUUUUGAAGCUGGUGUGUGGGGACAUCACUGUGUAUGAGAACACAGCCUACGUCAGCACUGUUAUACUUCUUCUUCUCCCCAUAAUUCUUGUCUCUACCUCCUAUGGCUUCAUUCUCCAUAGUGUCAUUCAGAUGCGUUCAGCUGGGAGUAAGAAAAAUGCUUUUGCCACAUGUAGCUCUCACCUUAUUGUGGUUUCUCUCUGGUAUGGUGCCUGCAUAUUCUCCUAUAUGAGGCCCAGGUCCCAGCGCACCCCAUUGCAAGACAAAGUUGGUUCUGUUUUCUACAGCAUCAUCACUCCCACACUGAAUCCCUUGAUUUAUACUCUCCGGAAUAAGGAUGUUGCUAAGGCUCUGAAGAAAAUAUUGAGGAGGGAUCUUGUUACCUAG